CUGAAGUGUGCCCUGUCAGAUGAGUGGGAGGCAAACAGGAAGACUCCUUUAGGUGUAUAUAGGCAUGAACUGACGAGGGCUGAGACCGGAGUCAAGGCCAGGGUGACUACAGGAACCACGGCAACCUUCUAGAAACCGGAUUCCCACUGCCUCUGUCCUUACAAGCCCAGACUUCCCUGGAUCCUGCGUGGCACACGCUCCUGGAGCUUUCUAGGGCUCUGGAGUUAUAAGAGGCUCCCGUGUGUCAUUCCUGGCAUCCGGACAGCUGCAGAGUGCCACCCAGCAAGCUCUUCUACUCUGUUCUGGCUUAGCAGCAAAAGAUCUCAGGCCCAUGGCGACCUGCCCUGUCCUGCAGAAGGAGAGGUUGUUCCAGACAGGAGUCUAUGCUUACAGAAUCCCUGCUCUGCUCUUCCUGUCGAAGCAGAAGACCCUGCUGGCCUUUGCGGAAAAGCGUCUGACCAAGACGGAUGAGCAUGCAGAGUUGCUGGUUCUACGAAGAGGAAGCUACAAUGCAGCCACCCAUCAGGUCCAGUGGCAAGCCGAGGAGGUGGUGACCCAAGCCCGGCUGGAGGGCCACCGCUCCAUGAACCCAUGCCCCCUGUAUGACAAGCACACAAGGACCCUCUUCCUUUUCUUCAUCGCCGUCCCCGGGCAUGUGUCAGAACACCACCAGCUCCAGACCAGGGUUAAUGUCACACGCCUGUGUCACAUCACCAGUACCGACCACGGGAAGACCUGGAGCCCCGUCCAGGACCUCACCGAUACCGCCAUUGGCAACACCCACCAGGACUGGGCCACAUUUGGUGUGGGUCCUGGGCAUUGUCUGCAGCUGCGAAACUCAGCCGGGAGCCUGCUGGUGCCUGCUUACGCCUACCGAAAACUACACCCUACCCACGCACCUGCCCCCUCUGCCUUCUGCUUCCUCAGCCAUGACCACGGGCACACGUGGGAGCUAGGCCACUUUGUCUCCCAGAACUCACUGGAGUGCCAGGUGGCUGAGGUUGGCACUGGAGCUCAGAAGGUGGUCUAUCUCAAUGCUAGGAGCACCCUGGGAGCCAGGGUCCAGGCACAAAGUCCUAACGGUGGCCUGGAUUUCCAGGACAACCAGGUGGUGAGUAAACUUGUAGAGCCUCCCAAAGGCUGCCAAGGAAGUGUGAUUGCCUUCCCCAACCCCACCUCAGGGGCAGAUGCCUCAGAUGUGUGGCUGCUGUAUACCCACCCUACGAACUCCUUACAGAGGACCAACCUGGGUGUGUACCUCAACCAGAAGCCACUGGACCCCAAGGCCUGGUCAGAGCCCACUCUGCUGGCCACAGGCACCUGUGCCUACUCGGACUUGCAGAAGAUGGGGCACGGCCCUGAUGGCUCCCCACAGUUUGGGUGUCUAUAUGAAUCAGAUAACUAUGAAGAGAUCAUUUUCCUCGUGUUUACCCUGAAGCAAGCUUUCCCACAAGUUUUUGGUGCCCAAUGAUCUUGCUGCAUAUGGCCCAAAGUGCUCCUGUGUGCCUCAAAAUACCCAUCUCUCUUUCCUCCCUGCUUCCUCUAGACUUUGAAUCCAGCUCUUGGUCCCCUUCCUUGUGAGGAUGCAGAGAGCCUGGUCUCUUGGUUCUUCACAGGCUUUGCUGUUCCAGCCUCCUCAGUGGGUUCUGUUCCCAGCCCAGAAACCGAAGGAGCUGGCUUUCUCCCGCCUCUUGACGGGGAAGGCGGGGACAGCAUACUCACUCUGUCAUUCUGCUUGUCAGCUGUCACUGUGCCAGCUUAGCUCGCCCGUUUCCCCGCUCCUGGUUUUUUUGGAUGAGUCUUAAUAAAUUAUCCAACUCAGCCUA